UUGACCUUCUUUUUUUUAGGAAAGCCUGUCUUCUCCGACCCAGAUACCUUAAAAAGAGCAUUCAAAGCCUGGCCAGCGUCUCACUUACUUAAGCUUAAGUGUGACGCGAAAGGGACACCACCACUUAAAUACACCUGGCUAAAAGACGGAGAGCUUUUGAAAGGGAGACGACUGGACCCAUACCUCAACACCUCAAUUUGGUACCUUAAACUGAAAGAUCUGGUACCUAAAGAUGCUGGACAAUACACUUGUAUAGUAUCCAAUCGAUAUGGCAGCAUAAAUCACACUUACACGGUUAGAGUUCUAGGUAAGAACACGGCUGCAUAUCUUCGGUUCCAUUGUAGACUCGUAGUUCAUCUCUCAAGGGACAGCCGAUUUUUGAGACAGUUUAAUGCCCAUUCUUAACAAACUUGAUACCCCAUAUUAACAACUAUAAAGGCACUGAGAAAAGGUUGUACUCGGUGUAAAGAGUUUUAUAGCAUUCAACUCAUGGCAAGGCCAACACAACAGAGAUAGCUGUAGAAAAAGUAGAAGAUAGACCCUUAAGUCCACUUCUCUUUUCGAACAAAAGUGUAGGUAUUUUACGCCUCCUUCAAAUUGUAAAGGAGUGAUGAAAGAGACAGGGCCAACAGCUUAUCGUCACUGACAAGCGACGUGAUCUUCUGACCACAGCUGCCUCUCCGAUCUUAUUAGACCCUUACUGGGGGUCCUGCCGGGGUUCUAACCCGUGACCUUUCCCAAACUAAACCGGUGCUCAUCCAACUGAGGAAAAAGGCGGCUAACCUCCCAGGGGGACUUCCAUAUGAAAGUGACGGGUAUGUUCGUCGGAAAAUUAAAAUUAAACCAUAAGAGAGACCAAUGUGGGUGUGGCUCAAGCUUAAACCGACCCCUAAAGGAGAGAAGACGCAAACAGACAUAAGAGCUAGAGUGUGUCGUGUUCUUUUUUAAACAUUAGACUUCUGUGCGUUCAGUGUCAAGGCGUUUUUUUUAAUUUCUUUAUGCACAGCCCUAAGCGAUACCGGAAUGAGCAAAUAUGGUGACUUUCCGUCCGAAGCAUCCGAAGUGAGACCGAAAUCUGCAAUGUACACCCCAAACGAGACGAAGAGCACCCCCGUCACUUUUAUAUGGGCAUCCCCCCGGGGCUAAACCCCAAACAUUGAUGCCAUUUGAUAGCUUCUCUCGAUGAAUAAGACAGUGCAGUUUUCAGCGAACGCUUUAUCUUGUUGAAAAGAUGCGAACCGUUUGACAAUGCAUGGUCUCUACAUCUCUCAAACUGACUCCAUAAAAGUUGAAGGACAGUUGAGGCCUGGCGUUUAACCGGGUGUUAAGGUCCUGACGAGGCAAAGGUUCUCGGUUUUUCUUUCAAAACGAAUUACAAAGGGGUCGUACAGUACCAUGUAAAAUAUUCUUGCUUGUUUCUCUUGGCCAGUUUGGCUAUUUCCCGUCUAAGUUCUCCGUUACAAUACGACUAUUUCACGCGACUAACUCAGCUGUUUUAAAAGAGAUCUGUAUGUUUUAACGAAUUUCCUUGAUCGUUUUUUUAACAGAUAAACCGCGAACUCGACCUAUCCUGCGAAAGGACCUUCCAAAGAACACGACUGUAGAGAUUGGGAAAAAUGCUACGAUGAAAUGCCUUGUCUUGGUCAGUGGGACGCUUCCAGAUUUUAGGUGGCUAAAAUGGGACAAAUCUGUCACAUUUGUGUCGAAGAUAGAAGACAACUUAGAAAGUGGGUCAUAUCAGCUUAUAGAUCAGCGAUAUUAUCACUCUGUGCAAUCGGGGGAGAGUUAUGGUUCUGAGGUGACAAUUACCAAUGUCACAGAGGACGAUUUUGGACUCUACACUUGUUAUGCGAGUAAUCACAUUGGAGCGGAAUAUAACAGCGCAUUCCUCAGCAGAUACGUGAGGCUCACUACUCCUUCUAAACGAGGUAAGAAGUUGUAA